AUGGAAUCGACCAAUGGAACAGCAGUCCAGGAAUUCAUUUUGCUGGGAUUUCAAAUGGAUCAGAAGAAGCAAUUCCUGCUGUUUGCUUUUUUGAUAGUCCUUUAUGUGCUCACUUUGGCUGAAAAUAGCACAAUCAUCACUGUGGUCCUUAUAGAUAAUCAGUUGAGUCAACUCCCCAUGUAUAUCUUGCUAAGCAAUUUUUCUUGGCUGGAGAUUUGCUAUGUGACUACCAGUAUUCCCCGCUUGCUUUACAAUCUGGCAACCCAAAACCAGGUCAUCUCCUUCCAUGCCUGCUUCUUCCAAUUUUAUACCUUCUUCUCACUUGGCAAUACUGAAUUUUUCUUCCUCUCAGCCAUGGCUUUAGAUCGCUAUUUAGCUAUCUGUCACCCCUUGCAUUAUCCCACUAUUGUGUCCUCAAAGUUCUGCUAUAGAUUGGUAACUGGAUGUUGGUUGGUUGGCUUUCUAGGAUAUCUUCUCCCAGUUGUUUUGAUCUCCAAAUUGUCUUUUUGCGGAGACAACAGCAUUGACCACUUCGUCUGUGAUCCUGUGCCAAUUCUUUCCUUAGCUUGCCCUCCUCUUGGGAAGGCUCCACUUGUCAUGCAAAUUAGCAUGCAAACUCUGUUUUUGUUCAAUGUCUUCUUUGUGAUAUUCUCCUAUGGUAAUGUGAUCUGCACUUUGAUGAAAUCCUUCAGCAAAAGUCGGUGCAGGAAGGGCUUCUCUACCAUCUCCAUGCAUCUCCUAGUGGUGACACUUUUCUACGGUACUGUAGGAGCAAUGUAUGUAAUUCCACAAGGUAAAAGCCACCCAAAUACUAGUAAGGUGAUUGCAGUAUUUUAUGCUGCUGUCACACCAUUUCUCAAUCCCUUGAUCUACUGUCUAAGGAACGACAAAGUGAAAGAGGCCCUGGCCAAGCUGCUCAGAAGAAUAUGA